UCGAUCGAGCAAUGCAUGGCGCAGCGCCACGGCUCAAGGAUCACCACCACGCCUCCGCUCGCUACGCCGCUCACCAGGGCGACAGGAAGGUCCAGUGCGUUGUGGCAGUAGAGGAGCGGGACAGCAAGAGCAGGCUGAUGUUGGGCGCCUCCUCCUCCUCCUCCUCGUCGCUCUUGUGCCUUGGUAUCAACACGCGCUUCUUCACCGCCAACAAGCUCAUCUCCUCAUCGCAUUCUCGAGCUGGCCAUGGGCGGCGGAGCGGCGCCAUGCUGAUGCUGGCCCAAACCCCGCCGCCGCCAUCGCCGCCAUCGCCGCCCCCGCAUUCCUCGUUCCUGCCACAGCAGCCGCGCUUCCACUCGAGCUCAUGCGUUCUGGCCAGUCACGGCGAGCUGGGCGCUGCAACCAUUUGGCACGCUCUCCUGCCUAGCAGCUCCACCUCCAGCUCCAGCCCGUAUCGCCUCUCCGCCGCCACAGCUUUCAGCAAUGGAUCGUGGAAUGUGGCAGGGGAUGCACGCCCGGCACGCUGGCUCCAAGGGAGGCACUCGGCGUGGCUCCUGUUUGGCUUUUGUUCGUGCUUCUCUGCCGCGGUAGCGUCCGGCAUGAGGUCCAUAGCAUGCUGCGAGGCUCCCUCCUCUCUCGAUCAAUCCCUCACCCACGGCAAAAAGGUUCACAAGGAGUUUGCGGUCAUAGGCAUUCCUGGAGAUGGACGCUGUCUUUUUCGUGCUGUGGCUCACGGUUGGUGCACCAAACAGGGCAAGCCAACGCCAGACGAGGAAACGCAGAGAGAACUUGCAGACAAUUUGCGGGAAAAGGUUGUGGAUGAACUCGUCAAGCGCCGUGCGGAGUCGGAAUGGUUCAUUGAAGGCGAUUUCGACGAGUACACAAGACGGAUGAGGCAAGCAAACGUGUGGGGCGGCGAGCCGGAGCUCCUCAUGCUAUCACAUGUCCUCGGGUUGCCGAUCACAGUUUACAUGGCCGAUGAACGCUCGAACGGUGUCAUAGCGAUUGCAGAGUACGGGCAAGAAUACGGGAAAGGCAAAGGAAAUCCCAUCAGAGUGUUGUACCAUGGGUUUGGACACUACGAUGCUCUCCUGAUGCCGGGCGACGCUGGUCAGGGCGGUGAGUAACGCAGCAGGGUGGAAGCGAUACCACAAAAAGUUUGGUUUUGAAGAUAUCUUUGUCCAGAGGUCCGGUAAUCUGGACUGAGAAACAAGCAAACCAGUCGAGAGCUUAGAGAGGCUGAGAUAGCUGAGCUUGCUCCUCGACCUGAGGAACUAAAAACUUUGAUGACAAAGGAGCUGCGUCCUCACAAUUAA